GCAGGUGGCGCAGCGGCGGCGGCGGCGGCGGCGGGGGCAGCAGCGGCGGCAGCAGCGGCGGCGGGCAAAGGCUCGGCGUGCGACCCUGGUGCGCGCCAACGCUGUCCCUGCCGGAGUCCGAGGCGGCCCCGCGCGCGGCCCUCUACCCGCACCGCUACUCCGCACCCCACUGGCCGGGCAUGGGCGCGCGCUUCUCACCGGGGCCCCGGGCCCGGGCCGGGCUUCUGCCGCUGCCGCUGUUGCUGCUACUGCUGCUGCUUGGGCUGCUGGCCCCGGGCGCGCUGGGGGCGCGGGGCCGCAGCGGCACGGAGAAGAACAGCUAUCGCCGCACGGUCAACACCUUCUCGCAGAGCGUCAGCAGCCUGUUUGGAGAGGACAACGUGCGCGCCGCUCAGAAGUUCUUGACCAGGCUGACCGAGAGAUUCGUACUGGGAGUGGAUAUGUUCAUGGAGACAUUGUGGAAGGUUUGGACAGAGCUCCUGGAUGUUCUUGGACUUGAUGUCUCCAACCUGUCACAGUAUUUCAGCCCAGCCUCAGUAGCCAGCAGCCCGGCCCGCGCCCUCCUGUUGGUUGGUGUUGUCCUCCUGGCUUACUGGUUCUUGUCGCUGACUCUAGGCUUCACCUUUAGCAUCCUGCACUUGGUGUUCGGCCGCUUCUUCUGGAUUGUGCGGGUUGUCCUGUUUUCCAUGUCCUGCGUGUACAUCCUGCACAAGUACGAGGGGGAGCCUGAGAACGCUGUGCUGCCACUGUGCUUCGUGGUGGCCGUCUACUUCAUGACCGGGCCCAUGGGCUUCUACUGGCGCAGCAACCCCAGCAACCCCAAUGUGGAGGAGAAGCUGGAACACCUGGAAAACCAGGUCAGACUGCUUAACAUCCGCCUCAAUAGGGUGCUAGAGAGCCUCGACCGCUCCAAAGACAAGUGACGGUUAGCCAACCGGCAGGGCCUACCUUUACCAGUGUGCUCUCCCGGAAGACAGCAAAAGAGGAGAAAACAAACAAACAAAAAAGCAAAAGCAAAACCACCAAAUCCCAAACAAUCUUAAUAAACAUUACUGAGCAAGAAAGUGACUCUUUGUGAGGGUGUUUCCAAAACCGUCCGGCAGCCCUUAGGACCAACGUCCCAAGAAGAAUGAAAAAGUCAUUGAUGUAGAACUAUACACCGAGUGUCAUUAGUGGGGAAAAAAUAUUUUUUAAACAAAGGAUAUAACCAUAUUUAGCUGUACAGGAAGAGAAAUUUAUCUGUGCAAAGAGCAUAAAGUUAAUUUUUUCAGGCAUUUAAAUACAUCUUUUGUAAGGUUUUUUAAUAAAGGCAGAUCGAGUCAAGUUUAUUAAAACUUUAACAUUUGGGGGAAGAAUAUGCUAAUUUGACAUUUUUGAAAAGUUUAAAUGCAAGCGUUGGUUUUUGCAGCUUAUGAAUUGGUGGAUGAGGUCUGUGUGCAGUUAUUGUCAUGUUCCAAAACUGUGAGCUUUAUGUUAUUUUUUGGGUUAAUGUUGACUUAGGGAAUGUUAUUCCUUCUUAGUGUGGACAGUUGGGCUACAGAUGAAGUUCAAUCUCUUGUGUCUUAGUGACCCCUGCUGGCCCCUCCAUCAGCUAUAUUUCUAAAUGAAGAAAUCAUUAUUUCUAGAGUACCCGAGAUUUUUUUCUCCCUCUGUACUUUCAUAUAUUUGAUGUUAAUAUUUUGAAAAGCAAAAUGCAAGGAAAGGUAAAGAAAUGUCUACCUGAGUGAGCAGUGAUGAUCACUCAAGAAUCUAUUUCAUGUCCCACUUCUGCUGUUUGCCAGGUAGGCCUAUAUAAAAAAGCUACACCCUUGGGGAUUUUUUCUUUUUCUUUGUUUCAUUUUGUUUCUGGUGGACUCAGGACCUUGGAAGGAAAACAGUAGCUAAUAACAUUUUCAAUUGUUCUCAGGAACAAUAAGCAGUAAUACACGAGCCUUGGGACAGAUCUAAAUUGUUUUCCCUGAAGUUUUUACAAUACCUGUGUUAGGUGCUUUUUGUCUAAAAUUUGUUAAUCCUCAUUUUAGGUGGUCCCUAGAGGUGGCGAGUGGUACACAAGGGUGGACAGCUGUGGGGGCCCUGGACAAGGAACUUCAGAAGGCUGUGGUCAGGGCUGGUGGAAAUGCCCCUUUGCCAGGACCCGUUAAGAAAGGAAGCCCAGUGAUUGCAGGAUGUGGCUUUAAAGACCACCGGGGAUCAAGGUGUCUCCAGAGACCCCUGUUAGAUUUGCUAGAACCAGGAUGUUACGGUCCAGGUCUCAGUUUCAGGAAGACUUAGCUGUCUACCAAGUCUUGUGCAGAAUUUCUGCAAAGUUUUAUUUUCGGUUGCAAGUGUCUGGGAAACAGGUACAGAUGGUUUUGUGGAUGUGAAACUUCUAUUCUUAAGGCGCACAUCCUGGGACCUAAACUUUGCUCACUUCCUGAAACAUACCCGUUCUCUGGUAUUUACCUGAAUAGGUCUUUAUCAAGGGCAUGGGAAAAUAUGAUUUCCAGAUUGAAACCAUUCCAGUUUUGUCAUUUCAUACCUACAGAUGCAUCUAUGUUAGCACAGGGUAUAAAUAACUUGGGGAGGUCACCAUUGGCCUCUUUUGUGCAUUUGGCUAUACCAUGUUCAGGUACGAAAACAUAGCCUUGCUUUUUUUGGCCGGGGGAGACUGGUGUUCUGUGCACAAAGCCAAUGAUCGCAGUCCUUGCCUGGGUUCCCCUGUUGUUUGCAGUCAUUGUAAACACUCAGGAUGCCCGAGUGUUGUCUUAACUGUCACUGGGCUGGGUCGAGUGUCUACACUGCAUUCCACCUCCUGCCCUCAUACCUGACACAGGAAGGGCAUCGUGCUCUAUUGAGAUCUGGAAGGAUAAUUAUUUUAACGUCUAGUAAACUGAGGGAGGUACGUGUCAUCUGGGUGCUGAUGGAUUUGGACCUCAAACAUCAAUUGAAAAUGCUGUAAAAAUAUGCCCCAUUUUUUUUACAGUUUGGUUAAGUGUAGACCUAAAGCCGAUUUUAUAGUUUGAUAACCCUCAAGUGAAUGAUGUCUUCAUUUUUCACAAAAGAACCUACAGUUAGUUACUGAGUGUCACUUCAGGGAAGAACAUUAUUUGAAAUUCCAAUGGAAAUCCUAGAUGCUAGUUUUGAAAAAGUCUUGGUUUUUAAUGCAUAAAUUUCACUUCCGUGGGCAUAUUCUUAACUCCAAGUAGUUGGAGACUUUUCUUUCUCCAUUCCAUGGAAGCCUGUAGGGUAUUCAGCCUCCCCCGACCCUCUUUUUUCUCUUUUGUAUGUGGAAAAAUGUAUUUUUGUACCCUAUCUCAUACCUUGAAGAGAAAACUUUUUUAUAUCUUCAGGGCUGUAGAGUAGAUUAGUGCAACACUUCACUGAGUGUGAUAUAAAAACACUGAGAGGCAAACUGUGGAUCUGUUAGGAUUAAGACUUCAUUUUUUUCUUACUAUCUUAAAGUUUAUCAGUGUUAAUUUCCCAGUGCUUCAGUAUGACAGUAAAUACUUGCUUUACUGAGAACAGAAAAUAAUCUAGAAAAGAAAAAAGAUCAUUCAUCUCCAAAUGCUGGGAUUGUGUGGGUGUUAGGGCCAUGUUUGACACUCUAGCCAAGAUGCUUUCGUGGAGCAGAAGCCUUCCCUAAGUAGACUUUCUGAUACCAGUCAGUGUUACCUGCCUUGGGGUUUCUUUUCUUCAGGUUUUAGCUACCAUGUUGUUUCAGGUAACAAAGCACAGCAACAGAAUUCCUUGAAAGCUGACCCUUGUGCCUGGGUCUUCAUUCAUAAAGUGGAAGUGAAUAUAACCAAAAAGUGUUUAAGACAGUUGCCCUGGAAACAAGCACAGCAGGCCACAGCCUGUCUCACCCAGGGGUCAGGAAGCAGAGAGGUCAGAGAACUAACUGGGACUAUGUCUGUAGGACUGUGGCGGUGGGAAAUAACUGAAUAGGCUGCCCUUUGGGUCCUAAGUACAAACAUGCAAGGUGGGGGAAGAUUAUAACAUAAUUUUCACAUGCCUAAAAGGGCUGCUCUGCAAGGAAGAUGUAAACAACUUAGCUUGCCCAUCUGGCCCUGUGAUUUAGCAGACAUAUGGAGUGGUUAAGAAUAAUAGGUGUCAGACGGCCAAUACCAAACCCAAAGGCAUUGUUAGUACAACUUACCACUAGUAGGAAUCCUGAAUCACCUCAUUUCCACAAUUUCCGCAGUCCCUGCUACCCCUCACGAUGCUUUUGAUAAAUGACAUCUGCCUUACUGGUUGACACCUGGUAACGUCUCCCCGUUGCUGACUUAAUCCAAAAGCCUGUUCUUGCCAUCAACUGGCAUUAGAAGGAAUUCUUAAGGCUCCUAAGGUGUCAGCUGCCUCACUCCCAACAUUUUUUUUAAACGAUGUAUAACCUUCUGCAAAACUUUUAUGGUCAUUUGAAUAGUUGGACUUCUGCUCCUCACCUGUGCUUAACAGAAUUAUAUAUAUUUUGUAGGAUCUAAUGCAGUACCCUUAAAAUUUGUAUUGGAUAGCCAUCAAUAUGAUGUACAGUAUCAGGCAUAAACAAACUUUAUUCAGCAUAUUGAAUUCUGUGUUUGGCUCUUCUUGAUAUGUAAGAGAUGCAGGGUACCAGUUUUUCUCUUGUGGUGGCAUAAAAAGUUGAUUGUCAUUUGCAUCCUCUGCUGAAAACCUGUGGCAGCUCAUGGUAUUAUUGACCAUAUGUCCUAACGUCUUUUUGCAGAUUUAAAGGUUUUAUUGUAGCGUCAACUUAAUAAUCCGCAUGUGUGUUAAGUCUCUGAAUACCGUGUAAUUCACUUGAUUUCUUGUGAUGGUGAUGGUGAUUAUUAGCACACACUUAAAAUCCAGCAAAGCAAUUAUUUCCCUCUUCUUAACUGGAAAUCAUAUUUGUGAGGUGUGGUACCCACUCUCUACAGUGUAUUCAUGAUUCCACUCAUACUUUGUGUAUCUGGUUAUAAAUUUUAUAUAGUAUUUAAUUUGACUCAAUAUAAAUUCAUAUGAUUUGAAUAUAAUGGUGUGUGUGUGUGUGUGUGUGUGUGUGUGCACUUUAGUUCCAUGAGCCUUAGGAAGCUGAUUCUACAAAUAUCUUAUUUAGACAUAAAUGUAUUAGGCUUAUUAUUAUUUUUUUUUGGCAGAGCGAUAUAUACAUUCCUUUUAUUUAUUAAAUCACUGGCUUUGGUGUUAUGUAGAGAUAUUUGUAGAUCUCAGAACAGAAUUAAAAUAUUGUGAAAAUUAUAGCUUAAUAAAUGUGUAUUGUAAUUUUGUUGUACAGACUUUUAAAAUGUAUUUCAUCACUUCUA